AUGAUGCCCGUUCAGCGCCUCUACACUCUUUUUGUAUUGUUAGCAACUCUCUUGUCGUUUCGAGCAGGACUUUUCGUCAACGCCAGAAAAGACGGCCCUGAAGUGGCUGAAUGUAGCGAAAAUGGCCUUCCAGUGAAGGUAAAACACAUCUAUUACUGGCCUGGCGAUCAUAUUUCUUUCCCGUGCAAAGUUUGUCAACGAGAUCUCGAUUCAAAUAGAAGGAUCAAAAUGUGGGGUUCGGCGGCAAAAGUAUACGACUUUUUCGAUCAUUACCUAAAGAAUAAGAAGUUGCAACACGCGGAUGUUGGCGUGCAAUUUUUACUACUAAAGUUCGAGUUCAAUACAAGAUCGAAAGAAUUUGAUGGAUCAGGGGACUCGGAUCCGUCUUACAUGUCCGGAAAUCGAAUUCAGGCCACAGAGAACGGAUCUUUCCCCCAUAUCCGACGACAAACGUUCGAACAAAUUAGCAAUACGUUACUCAUUCAUAAUAUCAAUACAGGAGUGACGGAAUUCGAGGGAUCAGGGGAUUCUGGUCCGUCUUACAUGCCCGGAAAUCGAAUUCAGGCCACGGAGAACGGAUCUUUCCCCCAUAUCCGACGACAAUGGUUUGAACGUAUUGGCAAGACGUUUCACAUUCAUAAUGCUGAAGCAGGAGCGGCUGGUGUAUAUUUUUGCUACGAGGACACCGCGAUGAAUUGGGUCCGCUAUUUCUAUAUUCUCCACGCGAUGACACCGAUCAAUCGAGUGAAUUGGAUGGAUGAUGCUAAUUUGAAGAAUCGUCUUCAGCUGAGUCCGGAUAUGGGCAAAAUGGUCUGUGAAUUGCCGGACAAAAAGGAUUUAUUAAAUCCUCCAGAUCAAUGUGGCAAUGACCGCGGGAAAGCGAUUUAUAUGUACCCGGAUACUCAAUGGAAAUUCAACUGGCGUCCCAUCAUCUAUAAACCCGUAAAUGAGCCUCUCUGUGAUAAGGGUUAUUUUAAAUGCGAACAAUAUCUGAAACUUCACCCCAACACCAGUGGCCUAGCGAUACGAAAAGUACCGGAGACUGCGAUACAUCUGCAUGUUUUUAAACGAUCGAUCAAUGAUAGACCAUUCUACACGGAUGUGGCGUUGGCUUUUCGAUGGGAGCCGUGGAGUAGAUGCGAUUCGGGAAGAACACAUCAACGCCGAGAGGGACACUGUGUUCUGCAGCUCGUCGAUGGCAAAAAGAAAACGAACUCGGAAAAUACUCUUACCAAAGCAACGAGGUGGAUGUCUCGAUUGGAUAGCAUUUUCAGGCUUUCUGGAGGAAAGAAUACGACAUUUGUGAGAUUGCACAGUUCAACUUUGAUGACGAUGAUCAUGGAUCAACCAGUGAACACCGAUUGUGGGGCAAGAGGAAGAUCGAAGAGUGUUCAAAAGAUUGACGAGUUUUAUGAACAGGUAAUCUUUCCGUCGUUGGACAUCCCGGGAGAACAAUUCAACCGAAAGAAAUUCACAUUGAACAACGAGUGGAGGGCUUGUUUUAAAUACAAACACUCGGGAGAAAAUGCGGGAAGUGAUGGAUCGUAUUCGGAUAUUGUUGGCACCUAUGUGAUCGAAACAAAGCAGUGUUCU